CAUCUGAAGCACUUUGUUGCAUUGAUGUUUUAAGGUGCUUCACUCACUUUAAGUAGCUGCUAUCAGGAUUUUUUUUUUGUGUGUGUGUAACCUAAGCCUCGCUUUCACUGAAUAUCUUUUUCAUAUACAGUGUGCAUUUUGUUUUUGGACCCAGAAAAUAUUAAUGGAAUGCAAUCAUGUCCACCCAGGACGAAAGGCAGAUCAAUACUGAAUAUGCAGUUUCAUUACUGGAGCAGCUGAAACUGUUCUAUGAACAGCAGCUACUAACAGACAUAGUAUUAAUUGUUGAGGGCACUGAAUUUCCAUGUCACAAAAUGGUUCUCGCAACAUGCAGCUCUUAUUUCAGGGCAAUGUUUAUGAGUGGACUGAGUGAAAGUAAACAGACACAUGUACGUUUAAGAAAUGUGGAUGCUGCGUCUUUGCAAAUCAUAAUAACAUAUGCAUACACGGGUAAUUUGGCAAUAAAUGAGAGCACUGUAGAACAGCUGUACGAGACUGCAUGCUUUUUACAGGUAGAUGAUGUGCUGCAGCUGUGUAGAGAAUAUCUAAUUAAAAAAAUCAAUGCCAAAAACUGUGUACGUCUGCUGAGUUUUGCUGACAUGUUUAGCUGUGAAGAGCUAAAGCAGAGCGCCAAAAGAAUGGUGGAGCACAAAUUUGCAACUGUCUACCAUCAGGAUGCUUUCAUGCAACUGUCCAGUGAGCUUUUAAUUGACCUUGUAAGCAGCGACAAUCUGAAUGUGGAGAAAGAAGAGACCGUAAGAGAAGCCGCAAUGUCCUGGCUAGACUAUAACACUGUGUCACGCUCGCAGUAUUUGUCCACUGUUCUCAGCCACCUUCGUAUUGAUGCUUUGUCUGAGGUGAUACAACGGGAAUGGUUUCAAGGUCUGCCACCAAAUGAUAAAUCGGUGGUGGUGCAGGGACUCUACAAAUCUAUGCCAAGAUUUUUUAAGCCAAGACUUGGCAUGACUAAAGAGGAGAUGAUCAUUAUAAUCGAAGCUUCUUCAGAAAAUCCUAAUUAUUUCUCCUCAAUUUGUUACAGUCCCCAAGCAGAGAAAGUUUACAAGCUUAGUAAUCCUCCUUCUGAGCUACACAAAGUUGGGGCCGUAGUGACUCCUGACAAUGAUAUUUUUAUAGCUGGUGGACAAGUCCCUCUAAAAACUCCUAAAAGCAAUCACAGCAAGCCAAAUAAACUUCAGGCUGCUUUCAGGACUGUGAAUUUUUUUUUCUGGUUUGAUGCCCAGCAAAAUACCUGGAUUCCAAAGACCCCUAUGUUGUCUGUCCGUACAAAACCUUCAUUAGUGUGGUGUGAUGGAUACAUCUAUGCAAUAGGAGGAGAUAGUGUUGGAGGAGAGCCAAAUCGAAGAACUGUGGAAAGAUAUGAUUGCGAGAGAGAUGAGUGGACGAUGGUGAGCCCUCUCCCAUGCGCAUGGCAGUGGAAUGCUGCUGUUGUGGUCCAUGAUUGCAUUUAUGUAAUGGCGCACAAUUUGACAUACUGUUACAUUCCAAGGUCUGGCAUCUGGGUGGAAAUGGCUAUGAGGCAAACCAGUAGAUGCUUUGCAUCAGCCGCUGCCUUUGAAGACAAAAUCUUCUACCUCGGAGGUCUGCAUACUGGUGGCAGUUCUGGAAUAAGGCACCACUCUAACACUGUGGAUGGCUCUUCCAUAACUGUUGAAGUAUAUGAUGUGAAUAAAAAUGAAUGGUACGCAGCGGCUAACGUUCCCGCCAAGCGUUACUCUGAUCCCUGUGUUCGAGCAGUUGUUGUAUCCAAUUCCUUGUGUGUAUUUAUCCGAGAAAGUCACAUGCAUGAAAAAGCCAAGUAUGCAAUCUAUCAGUAUGACAUGGACCUUGAUCAGUGGUUUUUGCGUCAGCAGAUUUCAGAGCGUGUCCUUUGGGAUUUAGGCAAAGAGUUUCGGUGCACUGUAGGCAAGCUGUACCCUUCAUGCCUUGAAGUGUCCCCGUGGAAACCACCAACACAUCUUUUCUCACCGGAUGGGGCUGAUGAGUUUGAACUUGAUGGAGACAUGGUUACGUUGCCCUCUGUAUAGCUGGCUAGAUGCCGGAGACUGUUUGCAUGGAUCUACGUUCCUCAAUGCAAGUUCUUUAUACUGUUAAGGAUAUGGGCCGUGAAAAUAAGUUUGCACCGCUUACUUUUCGACCUUGUUUUUACGCCCUACGUAUCAUAUUUGUAGCCUUUAAUGCAUUUAUAGGGGGAUAUGCUUCCAUUUUCAGAAAAUUUUGAAAAGCUAAUGGAAAGAGAAAAGCAAAAACUCUCCUCAUCGAUGUGUGUGUAUAUAUAAAAUUCACACAGGCACCAGCCUUAGCAUUAUGUUCACCAAAAGCAUUUGUUACCCUCUGAUUUUUUUCUCUCUCCACCACUUUGUUCUUAUCAAUUGAAACAGUGUAUAAAUUACUGAAAAUUGGUUCCUGUUACUCUAAGCAGUGUGACCUGAUCCCACCAUGUAUUUCUAGAUACAUAAAAUAAUGCUUGAUAAAAUAA